AUGCCCUUCAUCCCCAACACCCCCGAGUCGCUGUCGACGCUCCUCUCCCGCGUCGACUCCAACACCUGCAGCGGCGUCACCAACGCCGGCAAGCCCUGCACGCGCACGCUCAAGACCACCCCCGGCAGCACAACCCCCACCGCGGGCAUCGUCGCCACAAUCGCAAACACCCGCGUCUUCUUCUGCGAGGCGCACAAGGUCCAAUCGCAGAAUGUGGCCCUCCGCCACACGGCCUCGUUCGCGCGCCGCCGCGAGCGCAUCGGCCGCGGCUCCAUGGACACGUUUAUCGAGCAGGUCGAGGUGCUCGUCGGCGCGCCCGGCGGCGGCGCGACGACAAAGACGAGGAUAACGGCGAAGACGAAGAAGGUCAAGGGCAAGGACGACCCGUUUGCGCAGCAGCAGCAGCAGGCGCCCGCGCCGCAGGUGCGCCCGCCGAGUCCGCCGGGGAGUCAUGCGCGGCCGCCGCGGAAGGAGAAGAGGAAGCAGAGUCUGCUGAGGAGGCUGCUGUGCUUCUGUUUUGGGAAUGACGACGGCGAUGAUGAUGAUGUCGAGUAUGGGUUGAGCGCGGGGAAGAAGCAGACGGAGGCGGAGCUGAGGGCCGCCGCGGCGGGUGUGGUUGAGGGGGGUGGAAAUGGGAAUGUGAGGCCCGCGAGAACGCAGGCUGCGAAGGAUUCAAAGGUUUCGAGCGCGAUGGCGAAGAACGGGAAGGCGGCCACUGCUGCGACCGGUGGACCGCCUGGACGGACGCCCGCGAGUGAUUUUGAUUACACGCCGGUCUUUGAUCCGAAUAGCACUGUAAAUCCAUUCUUCUCCUACAUCCCGCCCUCGCUCUCGCCCAAAGGCCAAGCCCGCCUGCAGCAAGAGCUCUCCAAGCCCUUCUCCGACGGCGACGAGCCCGGCUAUAUCUACAUCUUCUGGCUCACCAACUCUCCGCUCUCGCCCAGCAGCACCCCGGGCGCGCCCGGCGCCACCGCCGCCGCAUCCGCCCUGCACCGCAUCGCCUCGGGCCCGGGCCAAAAGCCGCGCAUCCUGCUCAAGAUCGGGCGCGCCAACAACGUGCAGCGCCGCCUACACGAGUGGUCGACGCAGUGCGGCUACAACCUCAGCCUGGUCCGCUUCUACCCGCACGUGUCUGCGACCGCCACGCCCACCGCCACGCCCACCGCCACGCCGCUCGCAGAGCAGGUCGGCAAGAAGGUGCCCAACUCGCACAGGAUCGAGCAUCUGAUCCAUCUGGAGCUGCGCGACUACCUGGAGAACCCCGAGAUACAGUGCUCCGCGUGCGGGAAGACGCACAAGGAGUGGUUCAGCGUCGAGGCGUCGCGCGAGGGCCUGAUGGCCAUUGAUGCGGUCGUUAAGAAGUGGAUGGACUAUGGCGAGCGCAGCGGGAUGGUGACGGGCGUGAAUGCUGGGGUGGCGCCGAUGGUGCCGAAGAAGGGGGGGAGUCCGGGCGCGAAGGCGAAGAAGACGGCGGCGAGGCCGGAUCUGCAGGCGGCGCCGGUGGGGCCGAAGAAGACGGGUGGGAGUGGGGGGUUGACGCCGGCGUCGGCGGCGGCGGCGGCGGGGAGUGGUGGCAGGGGGAAGAGUCCGGGGAGGGGAAAGAGUCCCGGGAGAGCGAGGGGGAAGAGUCCGGGCAAGGUUGGGGGCGCGAGUCCCGCGAGGAAGAGGGCCGGGAGGGAUCAGAGUUAUGUGGAUGAUGAUGGGGAUAGUGAUGGCGAGGAGCCGUAUGUGCCGGAUAGUGACUAG